AUGUCCCCCAAGGACUGCGGCCACCACGAAUCCUCCCACCGCCGUCUCCUCCGCCUCAUCCUUACCGGCGCCGCAGCCUUCAUCGUCCUCGUCCUCGUCGUGAUCUUCCUCAUAUGGGUAAUCCUCCGCCCCACCAAGCCCCGCUUCACGCUCCAAGACGCCACCCUCUACACGUUCAACCUCUCCUCCCCCAUCCCCAACACCCUCUCCCUCACUAUGCAGGUCACUCUCUCCGCCCACAACCCCAACGCGCGCAUCGGCGUCUACUACCACGCGCUCCGCCUCCACGCCUCCUACCACAGCCAGCAGAUCUCACUCUCCACCGCCCUCCCCGACACCUACCAGGGCCACCGCGACUUCACCGUCUGGUCGCCCUUCCUCUACGGUAUCGCCGUCCCCGUCGCGCCGUUUGUUCUCACUUCCCUGCAGCAGGACCACGAUGCCGGCACCGUUAUGGUCAACGUUAAGGUCAACGGGAGAGUCAAGUGGAAGGUCGGAACUUGGGUAUCUGGAAGGUACCACAUUUAUGUUAACUGUCCCGCGUAUAUUAGCUUCGCCGGAGAUCGGAGUAAUGCCGUAGGAGUAAAGUUUCGCCUCUUGCAAAGUUGCAGUGUUGAUGUGUAG